AUGCAGAUUCCUGGAUUUGUGUUCUUCCGCCAAGAUCGGGGAGAACAUAAAUCUGGUGGCGGCCUUUCAGUAUACGUCAAAGACACAUUCAAUGCGACUAUUCUUAAAGACCCCACGGGAAUUAGCGAUGAAAAUUUUCAACAGCUCUGGAUAAAGGUUCAAGUGCGACAGUGCAAAUCUAUUCUUAUUUGCACUGUUUAUAGACCACCAAGCACCACAUCAACCUUCAAAGAUAGUUUGUCAAGAGGUCUCCUGAAUAUGUUACUGCUUAGCUAUGACAUUAUCAUUCUGGGUGACUUAAACUGUAACAUUCUCGAUGAUACAGCGGAUAGUCGAACUUUGAAAGACCUUGUUGCUAGUUUCAACCCGACACAACUAGUGAAGGAACCGACUAGUAUUACAGACACAAAACGCUCGCUAAUUGACGUUAUUAUGAUUACUGAUCCUAACCUAGCGGAGUCUUACUCAGUCAUUAUGUCCUCAAUAAGUGAUCACAACUUAGUUGAAGUUACAUUAAGGAUAAAUCGCCCUAAAGCCAAAGCCAAAUACGUCACUACAAGAAGCUAUUCCGGGUACGCACCCGAUAGCUUUUGCGAAGAUCUCUCUCUUGUUCCGUGGCACAUGGUAUACUUCUUUAAUGACAUUGAUUCUCAAGUGGAAACAUUCAAUUCUCUCUUCAUGGACGUGUUAGAUCAGCACGCGCCCGUCAAACGUGUAAAGAUCAAGUCCCGCUCUAAUCCGUUCGUAACACCAGAAAUUAAGCAGCUUAUGAAGACCAGGGACCUUUGGCAUAAGAAAGCCAUUCAGACAAAUGAUAAACUAUGCUGGAACGGAUAUCGUUUCUUCCGACAAGAAGUGAAACGCGAACUGAGGCUUGCUGAAAAAAUCUAUGUAAGAAACGAAAUAGCUAACAGCAAAGGUAAUACAAAUGCCACUUGGAAGAUCUUAAAUCUAUGUAUGUCUCGUGGUAUUGCUAAACUUCCAGGCACAUUUGAGGACCAUGAGACUUUGGUAAACAAAUUUAAUAAGUAUUUUACUUCAGUAGGAGAACUUACUGCAAAAAAAGCGAACCUGAUAACAGGAGAACACGGUUUGGAUGAGGAUAAAGAUUGUGGUCUUAGGGAAGAAGGUAUUGGCACUGGCCUGCAUGCUGAAAUAGAAGAAUUUGAGUUUCAAGAGGUAAAAGAAAUUGAUGUAAAACUGGUGAAUAACUCGUUUAAUGUGGCUGCGUUUCCUAAAGUAUGGAAAAUUGCUGAGGUUAUACCUGUACCCAAAGAAGGGAACCCAGAAGAAGCAGCCAACAACAGGCCGAUUUCACUGUUACCCAUCCUAUCCAAAGUAAGCGAGAGACUGGCACACAAGCAGUUUGUGGAAUUUUUGACAAAAUAUGAUAAACUGUCGAAUUAUCAAAGUGGCAACAGGAAAAUGUAUGCGACAGAAACUGCCCUCAUAAAUGUUAAAGAUAACAUUUUGAAAGCAAUUGAUGAAAAAGCAGCCUCAUUAUUAGUACUGCUUGAUAUGUCAAAAGCUUUUGACGGCCUUGAUCAUAAUCUGUUAUUAAGAAAACUACGGAAACUGGGUCUCAACACUUCUGCAGCUUCUUGGUUUACUAGCUAUCUAUCCAGUAGAUAUCAGAGAGUACGAUAUGAAGAUUCAGUCUCAGAAUUGCUACCUUUAACAAACGGAGUACCUCAGGGGUCAAUCUUAGGUCCUGUGCUUUUUACUGUCUACAUUAAUGAUUUAAUCAGUGCUAUUACCCACAGUCAAGCCGCUGCGUAUGUUGAUGAUCGUCAAUUGCAUUUUAAAUUUCCCACAUCAGACUCAUCAAGUGCUAUAGUCGCCGUAAAUCUUGAUCUUAGGAACAUCAGUAGAUGGUGUGCAGAGAAUUCUUUACUAAUAAAUCCCGAGAAGACAAAAUUGGUGGUUGUUGGCUCAGCAAAACUUCUUAAGAGGCUACCUCAAAUCUCCUGA